AUGUCAAGAAAAAAAUUUAUUUAUCUUGUAAACUUAUUUUUAAUAUUAACUAUUAAUCUAAUAUCUGGUUAUUACAAUUUUGGAAGUAAUCAAAAUUCUAAAAAUAGUUAUAUUAAUGUAAAUUAUUAUCCAGAAUGUAAAAAAAAUUUUACUUAUACUAAUAGACAAAAAAAUAAAUGUGAUAUAUCCGAUUUGUAUAGAUAUUUAGAAGAUAGUGAUAGACCAGAAUCUAAUCGUUUUAUCUCAGGGCUUAAUAACAUGUAUUUCAACUUUAUGAAUAGAUCGGAAUUUAUCAAACCAAUUAGAAACAUAUUAGAUAGUUAUAAAGUUUAUACUAAUAGAUAUUAUUUUGACUUUGAUGACUAUGAUUAUAGAUCAAUUAUAAGAAGAGAAGUAAAUGGUUUGCCAGAUUCAGAAGUUUUUAUAGAUUUAAAUAAUUAUAAUAAAAAUGGAGAAUUUUAUAUUGAAGAUUUUGAAAUAAGCUAUUCAUUAAAAAUUAUGGCAUAUAAAAUUAAUUUAUAUACUGGAUUUUGGAAAAUAAAAUUUAAAUAUUUGAAUGGAAAAGAUUUAAAAGAUGAAUUGUUUAUUAAUUCAAAAACAGAUUAUGCUUUUGUUUUAAAUGACGCAGGUUUUAUUUAUUCUAAUUACCCAACAAAACUUACUUCAAAUGGAGAAAAAGAAAUGGAUUUCAGUAGUCAAAUAUUAUUUUAUCAUAAAUUUGGAACAAGUCAAUCUGUUGAUAAACAAAUAUUUCUAACUAAGUUUUCAGAAGAAACCACUAUGACGGCAAAAUUAUCAGAUGCUGGAAAUUUGUUACUUAUAAAAAUACAAAUGAAUUUAAAUGAUACAACUGCUUAUUAUUUUUCUGAUCUUACAAAUGUACGUGAUAUUACGCAUGAUAUAAUACCUAAUCAUCUGAUUGGUAAAUUUGAUGCAAACUAUGAAUAUUGUUUUACUAUUGGAGAUAUUGCGGUAUUUUUCGUAAAAAAAUCUGGUAUGAGAAGUCGUGUUGUUGUAACAAGUAUUCAAAGUUCAGAGAAUACUGUUGAUACUGCUGAAAUAAUUUUAGAGGAAGAAGAAGGUUUAAAAAUUAAAAAUGUUUAUUCUGUUGGAAAAGAUUUUUUCGUAAUAAUUGUUGUCAAAAAUUUACACAAUUAUUUGAAACUUUAUAAUAAAAAAGCUUUAACGUUAGUAAAAGAUAUAUAUGUUGGUCCAGGAGUCAUUGUACAGGCACAAUCACAUAUAAGUCAUUCUACUCUUUUCUUUUCAUAUAAUAAUAUAAUUAUAGAAAAUGCUAUAUAUUCAAUUGAUUUUGAAAAUGUUUUAAAUGAUGGAGUAGAUGCAAUAUUUAAAGGAACGUGGUUUGAAGCUGGAUUUUAUGAAUUUUCAAUUUUUGACUUUAUUAUAAAAACAGAAUACUAUAAAAGUAAAGAUGGUAAGAAAAUACCUAUGAUAAUGUUCCAUAAAAAAGAUUUAAAAAAAAAUCAACAAAAUCCUGUAAUUGUAGAAGCUUAUGGUGAUUUAAGUGCUGCAUGGCAUCCUCAAAAAUCAUUGGCUAAAAUAUUUUUUGCUAAUGAAUUUGGUGGUAUUUGGUGUAUUCCUGGUAUAAGAGGUAUAGAAGGUUUAGGUAAAAAGUGGACUUCAGACGGAAAAGAACUAAAAAGAAAAAAAAGUUUUGAUGAUUUUAUUUAUGCUAUAAAACAUUUAAUAAAAAAAAAGUAUACUAAAUCAAGUAAAAUUGCUAUAUAUGGUGAGGGUGAAGGCGGUCUUUUGACAACUGUUGUUUCACAACGAGAACCAAAGCUUAUUGGUGCUGUUGUAACAAAAUCACCAUUAUUAGAUACAAUGAGAUAUGACAAAUUAACUAGAUAUAAUUAUAUACUCGAAGACGGGUAUGGUAAUUUAAAUAAAAAAAAAGAUUUUGUUAAUUUAUAUUCAUUUUCACCUUACCAUCAAAUGGAUAAAUAUAAGACAUUUAAAAAAGAAUGGCCAAGUACUUUAAUAAUUCAUCCUUUUGAAGAACCUACUUUUAUGGUUGCACAUACAACAAAAUAUUUAGCUAAAUUGUAUCCACUUUUAAAAAAAAAUUCAAAAUUACGUUUUGCUAAUCCAAUGAUUGCAUACAUCAUAAAAGAAGAUGAUGAUGAAGAUAUAGAAGAUUAUGAUAAAAAAAUAGCUGAAUCAAAAAUGGAUGAAUUACAUCGUAUACUUGUUUUCAUUCAACUAGUAUUAGAUUUAAAGUUUGAAAAAUAA